AUGAGCCGCAUUAUUACUGAUGAUGAGUAUUGGAUCAUUGCUUACGACCCAGAAACAGACAAUGAAUCGGUCGACUAUCGUGGCAAAGGCCAUAAUCAACCAGAUGAGCCGGAGCCGGAGUUCUUGGCGCAAUUGACCAACUUUUCAGUGCCGCAAGGGCGCGAUGUCUCAUUCACGUGCGUGGUCAACAACUUGGGCCAGUAUCGGGUUGCUUGGAUUAAAUCCGACUCGAAAGCAAUACUCGGUAUUCACACCCAUAUGGUGUCACUUAAUCCCAGAUUAUCAGUGACACACAAUGGGCACAACACCUGGAAACUUCACAUAUCCCACGUGCAGCUCAACGAUUCAGGCAGCUACAUGUGCCAGGUGAACACAGAUCCCAUGAAGAGUCUGUCUGGCUAUUUGGAUGUUGUAGUGCCGCCGGAUAUUCUAAAUCAUCCGGAACAAAACCUCGAAGAGGGUAUCUGCAAUGAAGGUGGCACAAUCGUGCUCAUCUGUAGUGCUACAGGCGUCCCUGAACCGACUGUGCAAUGGCGACGUGAGGGCGCUAAGGAUAUAGUUCUACGAACGGAGACAAGGGAAAAACAAGUGGUCAAAACGGUAGAGGGUGAGCGACUCGUGCUGACUAAUGUGCAUCGCACCGAUAUGGGCGGUUAUUUGUGUAUUGCCUCGAAUGGUGUACCGCCGUCCGUAAGUAAGCGCUUCGACGUGCAUAUCAAUUUUCAACCGUCAAUUAAGGCUGUCAAUCAGCUAUUGGGCGCCCCCGUUGAACGUGAAGUCACACUUGAAUGCAUUGUAGAAGUGUAUCCGAAACCGCUCAAUGGCUGGUAUCGCAACGAAGGUAACUUAAAACUGCAUAGUAGCAACAAGUACAACAUAUCGGAGGCCAUGAUUAACUUGUACACGUGGCAUCUCAACCUGACAAUACGUCAUCUGACAAAGGCCGACUUUGGCGCCUACACUUGUUCCAGCGUCAAUGCGUUGGGCAAAAGCGAAGCGCGGAUACGGCUGCAAGAACUGCGUUUACCGCCCAAACCGACAACAACGCCAACACCUCACGUUUACACCACGCCGAAGCCGCGCCGCAAACCGCCAACGAACCAUCAAAACAAAGGACUCAACGAAGUGGUGCGCGCCAAGGAGACCCAUCACGUCACAAAUCAAAUGCAGGAGAAUGACAUUUACGCCGGUCUGAGUGGCACUGGCGGUGCCUUCUUUGGCAGCGCCAACACGCUCAGCAGCAACGGAGCGCUGGGCGAUGCUGCAGGCGUUGCCCUAGGUAACGGUAAUGCGAAUAGCAACAACAAAAACAAUGGUAAUGGCAACGGUAACAUCAUCAGCUUGAACAGCGGCCUGAUAAACGGAGCGGAAGUAUUGCAGCAGCAGCAGCGGCAGUCAAGUGACAUUAGUGUGGCAAGAGUGCAGCAUCUUUACAUCUUAUACACUUCAGCGCCCACAUGA